CGGUUAGUGCCAACUCGACAACCGUUCUAGGACUUUCGUUUGGACGGGGCACGAACUACUUUUAAGUUUGCGAUAUUCGAUGCAUCGUAGUCGGUAUCUGCAUCACGGAACAACACCACUGACUGGGCGGUGGUCGCCAUCAGCUAGGAUUCGGCGUCAGCAGUUGGCGAUUGGUUGUCUACUUCUAUUAAUACUACAUCGUGGUUUGCAACGUUCGUACUGGCCACUUAUUUGACGUUCGUUUAACAUCUUGCCAUUUAUUUGAGCUUACGCUGAGCUGUGAAAAAAAUUGCCUUUUUUUUAGGUGCGUGACAAGUUCAAUGUUACAUCAGUGCCAGGAUAAACGGAAAGUAUGCCCAGUUCUGUUGAGCAUCGUUCGCAAGGUAGAUUUGAAUUCCCAACCGUGCUGUGAACAUGGUUUCCUCGUUCUCGCGUAAUCGAUUCGCUUCGUAAGCGGAAUCUAUAUCUCAGUGUGUUGCACGAUUCACAAUAGAUCGGUCGCGUUUUUUACUUAAUGAAUGAAUUAAAGGAUGACGAAGAGUAUUUAAGAACUGUGGUAGUAAAAAAUCGUUCUUAAUGAAAUAAUUCGUCAAGUGUAUUUUUUUUUAAAUUCGGUGGUGCUUCGCGAACAGCAUAAAGUCAAAAUGGCAGAUUUCUUGUCGCCGAUCAUGAAAGAUUUUGGUGCUUGGCAACUGAGGUCGGUGUUGCUAAUAUAUUUGUGCAAAAUACCAUCGUCUUGGUUCAUGGCCUGCAUACUUUAUACGGCUCCGGCUCCAAAACUGGGUGAAUACUAUUGCAAACCUCCUACAUCGAUCAGCAGCCACUUUAAUGUGACACGGUGGAUAAUGGCAUCUCACCCUUUGAAGCAAAGUGUGAGUAGCGGCGAAAUCAUCAUUGACUAUUGCAACGUGUACGAAGAUCGGUUACAGUACUACCAUGACCCAUUGUACUCACCGUGGGUGGAACUCCACAACAAUUCUACGGUCCUGCCCUGUACUUCUUUUGAGUAUCGCACAGCGUAUACAUCAAUCAUCUCUCAGUACGAUUUGGUAUGUUCCAGAAACCUACUGGUGGCAACAACACAAUCCUUCCAUUUGUUCGGCGUAUUACUGGGCGGAAUUAUCACAACGCAGUUGAUGAAGACGAUAAGUCCACGGAAUGCUAUGUUGUUAGGCAUGUAUCUGCAAAUCAUGUGCGGUUGUAUCACCGGCUACAUCAGCGCUUACGAAUUGCACGCCAUAUUUCGGAGCCUAAGUGCAAUCUGCUGCGCUUUCAUGUACACUGCCGGAAGUGUUAUUAUGAAUGACAUCACCACAGGAAAGUACAAAACCGUUACAAUAUGCAUGUUUGAGCAGUUUUGGUCAAUCGGUGUGAUCAUGCUUCCAGGAGUAGCCAGUUUUUGGACAAGCUGGUCGCAGCUUUACUUGGCGAUCUCGGCGCCAACAUUUUUACUUAUCAUUUUACACAAAUGGAUUCCGGAUUCUCCCAGAUGGCUACUCAAGCAUGGCAGGAUUCGCGAAGCCAAAGUGUACGUCUUGGAAUCGGCCAGGUGUAAUGGAACAGAAGGGAGCAUUCCGAGUGAUUUGGAUCAGCGGUUGAAGCAGUUCUCGGAAGAAGCCAUAGAGCAGCCAGAUCCUGAUCCCUGGUGGAGAAUUUGGAAAGAGAAAGGAUCCUCGAAGAAUCUGAUCUGUGCUCAUUCUGCCUGGGCUAUAUUCUAUACGGUGUAUUACGCGGCCCUGGUCAAUAUUACAGCUUUUGGCCGAGAACACAUAGAAAUCAACACGGUGAUUGCAGGGUUAUCUGAAAUGAUUGGCGCUUUCACCGGGCUAUUCUUCAUUAUGUUCACAAAGAGAAAGUGGCUCUGGACAGGACUGUUUAACGUAUUUGCUGGCUUAGCGGCUUUUUCCGCUUGGUGGAUACCAGUUGAUGUUACAGGGUCUAAUCGGGUUGCUUUUCUAAUGUUAACGGCAAUGAUAUCCAAAGCUAGCAUAUCGUGCUGCUUGGCUGUGUUGUUCACGUGUACUGCCGAGCUGGUUAGUAUGAGUAAGAAAAGUGGAGCCGUAUACUCUUGUACGAUAUGGGGACGGUUCUGGUUUCUGUUGGCACCUUUUGUAGCGGCUACUGUGAACUUAGGGCAAUUGAUACCACUCUCGGCGAUCGGCGCGCUAGUGAUCAUGGGCGGAUUAUUUGUAGGUUGUAUAAAAAGUUCAAGAACGCAUCCUCGUGAACGUGAUCUUCGGAAAUCUUUGAAAAGCAAAGAAUCUGUGGCAUUGACAACUUAAGCAACUUUUAUUUGUUUACACAUAUUUUUGACGAUAUUCGUUUUUGGUGAUAUAUCUUUUUAUUCGUUAACAACCAGGUUUUUCAAAUUUCUUGGUUCACUUAAUGCGAAACCCGACAGAAUCAAAUUGCCUCACAACUCCUGGAGCACAAAUCUUAACUAAUAAAAAUCAGAUUACGAUGGUAACCUCUAUUUCGUUCUUGCUCCGUUGCAGCAUGCACAAAAAAGUGGUUUUUAGUUGUGUUGGUUGCCGAUUUAUAAAGAAUUGUGCAUCCAAAAACGCGAAGUGAAUGCAAAAGUAGCCGUUGUGGCACCCAUUACUGGAUUCCAUAGUGUAUGUACUUAAGGAAAUACUUUUAUACCACCCUACCCGUAAUGUUUAUUUUUCAAUUUUUAAUCUAAAAUAUUAUUUUCGGUCAAAACCAAUUCAAACUGAAUCAUAAAGAAUAUCAUUCGCAUCAUCAAUAUGUGCGAAGCUCUAAGCCUCUAACUCCGUUUUCUGAUUUUAAGGACAUUUAGCACAUUUCUGUUAUUUAAUAGUAUGUAUAUGUACAAUGUACAUAUUACAAUAGAAGUUGAUAGAGACUUGAGGGUUUCCUGUGAUAACGAUGCUACAUCGUGUAUCAUAAAAAAUAUGUGUAUAAUACAAAAAAAGAAAACAAUAUCGAUGAUAAAAAGAGUGAAUGAAAAACAAACAGAAAGGCAACCGAUGCUGUGAACUUGCAAGUUGCAACACGCUGUUUGUAGUUGUCGGCUAAACAGUAUAAAUAAAACACAAUGCUUAAGCUUUGGAAACAACAAAACCAAUCGUAUUUUCGGAAGACAUCUACUUAUUUAAGUUAGGAUAAACGGUGCAUAAAUUUUAUACAGUAAUACAGAAAUCAUCUCAGCAGAAAACAUAGUCUGAAAAUAAAAAGACAAAAAUCUCUGAAAAUCUCUCGCUCCGAAUGUUAUCGAGAUUUGUCAAUCGCAAUAUGUUUAGUUCUUAAAAAAAUAGUAGGAAACCAUCACUCACAUUUGUGUUGAGGGUCGGUCGAUACGUUCGAUAGAAUCCGAUUCGAUCCAAUGAUUUUCUCAUUUGAUUUGAUUUUCGAAUGCAUUCGGACGUAAACAAUAAUAUGGAUGCAUAAGUUAGACUAACCUGUUAUUCACAGUAAAUUUCAACUGCUACAUGGAUAAAACACUUUUAUUUUGAACACGAGCAUUAUGACCGUACAAUUCGUUUUGAAACCAAAGGGCGUGCACAAUAGUAGCACGAUCCGACGUGCACUAAUUAAUUAAAAGGCUGUUGGUCGAACCUGAUUUACUUUCCUCACACUGCAAAUUUCUCAAAUGAGCUUACAACGGACUUCAUACACUAAUAUCGGCAACUAUAUUGCUAUACUAGCAUGAUGUUUUGUGCUCAAUAUCAAACCGGAUGGGCAUCUCUACAUUGAACUAGGAUCAACUAUUUUUUUGUACAAGAAAAACAACACGAACGUUUUUUUGGCCUCUUUCAAAGUGUCAUAAUUUGAAGGCAUUUAAUUCAAAAUUGCCAUCAAAAUUUUAGCGUGAAUUUUUUUUGACGUUCCAAAAAGCCUGCAAAAUUCGGUUGUGGGCACCCUUAUUGGGUCGGUUAUGGCCACCCUCAUUUUAUUGAUAAAUCAUUUAAUAUUAUUUUAGUUAUCCCUUAACUUAUUUUUAAUUACGUUUUAAUGCAGUUUUUAUAAUUAUUUAGACAUAAGGCCGACACAAAUAUUUAAAAUCUAUUUUGUCUACCCUCGGAUUUUUUUUUGCCAAAAGAUAAUAUUUUGAGGGGGCAACAAAAUAAAAUUCGGAUAAUUUUGAGGAUUUUCAAAACAUUCUUUAACAAAUCCGAGGAGUUUUUUGAUUUUUUUCAUUUUAAUAUUUAUUUUUUACUAGUCGACCCGGCAGACGUUGUCCUGCAUAGUAGGCGAAAAUGCGCGUUGUGAACUGCCCAUGCGAAAUUUCCAUACGAUUCUUAAGUUUAGUUUUUCACGAUUUACUCAACCUUAAUCGUAAUUGUAACAUUUUUGCUGAAGGAAUGAAGAAAAUCCAUCGAGCCGUUUUCGAGUUAUGCGGAUACGAACACAGACCAUUUAAUUUUUACUAUAUAGAUUAACUCCCCCUUCGACCUUUCGGCGACUAGUAGGACAAAAAGCUAAUUAAAUAUUUGUAACGGCCUAGAUAAUUGAUUUAAAUAAUGAGCUUAUUUAAUAUUUUUGUUCUUUGAGCAUGUCUAGUUAUUAUACACACACUUUUUGGAACAAAGCAUUGACUGAUUAGCUUUCAACAGGUUGCAUUUGACGGGGAAGCCUUUCCCAUUGUUUCCUAUUGAAAGUUGGUCAGAUCGGACUAUGGGAUCAAAAUUUAAGGCCAAAAUAUUAUUUUUUUGUAAUGAACGAGAAAGGCACUAACCGCUAGGGUGAUUAAUCAGGAUUUUUUUUGACUGUGAUGCAUACCAAUAAAACGUAAAUCAAUGAAAAAUUGAAACCCACUUACCUAAAGUGCUAUUCUAGACCUUUCUUAUGUGAUUUUUUUCAACAUCCUCCUUAAUGCACCAAGGGAGGCAUCAUCACUGCUAGGUGGAUUGAUUUGAGCUUUUCAGUUUCUCCUGGCUAUUAGAAUGUAUACUUUAUUCCUUGUCUUUAAAUCUGGGUAGUUUUUAUUCAUGCUUUAGUUUCAGCUAUGUUUUCAAGGGUGCCCACAACCGAACCACAAAAUGGAAAUGUUAAAAAAUGUCAAAUUUACUAUAUUGUCAAUAAUUUUUUUCAUAUCGAUGAAAUCAUACUAAUUUCUUUGCUAGUAGUAAGGUUAUACGUCUAGCUUUCCAUUGCUAUACAAAUGUCGGCAUAAGAUCAACCAGGGCCAAUGUUAUGGAAUGAACACAAAAGGGUGCCCAGAAUCAAACCACCUCCCCUACUACGAAUAAUUUGAUCAGAUCUCGUGCUCCUUCCUCUAUGAUCACACGUAAUGGUCUCCUUCCGUUAUGAUCACAAGAACUGUAAACCAGACUAACUUUUGAAACAAAACCGGUGUCCCCAUGGAGUGCUGGUGCAUCGAAACUUCAUAAGGGCGUCGUUAUUUGUACUGACUAUUCGCGAAAAAAGCGGGCCGUCGUUGUCAACAAAAGUACGAACAUAAUACAUGGGACAUCUAGCAUUAAAGAAAAUUAAAUAAUUA